UCCAGAAUGUCCAGAUUCAUCCGGCACGAGCGUUCUCUAAAAGUUGACUUUGUAGAGCAGAAAGCAGAACAAGGCAUGACACUGGUUGGGUUUCGGCGGGACUCAGCAGGGGAGCAUUAACGGCUGCUGGACUGCGCAGCUCUAACUGGAUUAACUGCGGGAAGAGAACGCACAAGUGACUGCAAUGAGGGGAUCGACGACAGUCCAACUACAUCUGUCUCCCUCUGUCUGUCCUCUUCGAUCGCUCCAGUCGUCUGUCUUCCUGGCAGGCAGCAGUCUAUCCUACACCAGGACUGAAGCCUCCUCGGCAGACAGCGGCCCUAAUUUCAUUAAUUAUAAACCAAUAUGCUGCUGGCAGCCCCUCUGGAGAGGACUUUACCCAGCGCUGGCAUCUGCUCAGCCCAAACACAGCGAGGGAUGAAGGGAUGGAGGGAGGAGAAAACAAGGACAUCUCUGACUCCCGCCAUGGGUGAAGCCUGGUGCUGUGCAGGGGGACGGAUGGGGAGUGGAGGAUUUUAAAAGUUCAUGUUUCCAACAUCUCGGCUUGAUGGUGUAACUGGCCGGGCCCCGAAUCCGAGCAUGAUGGGAAAAGGAUCUCCGGAGAACUGGGUCCGGACUCUCUCUGCAGUUUUCCUUCCACACACGCACAACCCAGCGGGAGGUUCUCUGCUCAGACGCGUUCACAACAGCAACAACUUCUCUGCAGGAUUCAGAUCAAGUUCACGGCUGCAGCUCCUCCUCCCCUGACGUGUCACCUCCAGGAAACUCUGCUGACGUCCCCACCACACGUCCCACCUCUGAUGAUACAAAGUGCAGAUCAUAUUCUACGAGGACAGGAAUUUCCAGGGUCGGCACCAUGAGAGCAUGGGCGACUGUGCUGACCUGCACCCGUACUUCAACCGCUGCAACUCCAUCCGGGUGGAGAGCGGCUGCUUCAUGGUGUACGAGAGGCCCCAGUACCUGGGCCACCAGUACUUCCUCCGCCGGGGGGAGUACUCGGACAACCAGCGCAUGGUCGGCAUCAACGACUGCAUCCGCUCCUGCCGCAUGAUCCCCAUGCAUCGUGGCUCCUACAAGAUCCGACUAUACGAGCGUCCAGACAUGUCCGGCCAGAUACAGGAGGUGAACGACGACUGCCCCAACAUCCAGGAACGCCUGCGCAUGUCCGACAUCAACUCGUGCAACGUGGUCGACGGCCAAUGGCUGCUGUACGACCAGCCCAACUACCGCGGCAGGCCCUACUACCUGAGGCCCGGCGAGUACCGCAGAUACAGCGACUGGGGUGGCGCCAGCCCGAGGAUCGGCUCGCUCAGGCGAAUCACCGACUUCAACUAGGAGUCUCGUGAACCUUCUUUCUCUGUCUGUUCUCAAUAAUAA